AAUCGACGAUAUUCGAGGUCUACUAGAAUCCCGGGGGCAAUCGACACUCUUAGAAACCUUCCAAGAAGGGUGCGUACGAGACGUUGUCGCUUUUCUAACCCCCUUUAAAGAAGCGAGUUUGGAUUUGGAAACUGCAAAGGUAACAACGCUGGACCGUGUGCUGCAGUGGUACAAGGGUCUGUUACAUCACUGUGAACCAAUAGACAGUGACAACGAGCUCAUGGCGAAAAUAAAAAGGAGAGCAGCAUACUUCAUCACAGAGAAGUGCAAAAUUGAGUCUAUCCAUUAUGUUGCCACGGUUCUGUGGCCAUCACGGCGUCAUUUGAAGAAACUCACAGCAGACGAAAAGCAAGCCGCGUAUGCUGAAGUUCGACGAUUGUACUCGGAACUGCCCGUAAAUGAGUCCAUUCGAGCAAACAGUGACCAAGUUCUUCCCAUGAAAAAGUCCAGGAUGGACUGGAGUUCGGAUGAGGACGACGAAGAUGGACACACAGUUACUACCAAUGAACUCGACAGGUACCUUUCGCUCUCCAAAUCCGACUGUAGCUGUGCCGAAGGACAAAUUUUGCAGUGGUGGAAAACGCACGCGGGGUUAUUUCCAAGGCUGUCGGUAGUAGCCAGAAGAGUUCUCUGUAUUCCUGCCACUAGUGCUGCCAGCGAGAGAAAUUUUAGCCAGGCCGGUCACCUGCUGUCCAGCAAAAGAUCGUGCCUGGUAUCAGACAAGGUGGAUGAUCUCUUAUUGAUCCAUCACAAUUACGAAGAAGUUCAAACCGCCAUCUGUUGUAAUAGCUCCAGGAACACAAAUGACGCCUGUGUAUCAGGGAGGACCAAUGACGAAAAACGAAUUGUAUAGUCAUGAUUCACUUGUAACGUUUUUA